GAUAAUAAUUAGUAUUAUUAAAAAAAUCUAUUGGAUGUUAGUACUAUUAAAAAUUUAUUGACUAACUAAAAGUAAAAUAAUAAUAAUAGUAAAAGUGAAAUAUAAAUCGACAUGAAUUGGAGGACUUCUAGGGAAAGCAAUUAUUCAAGAAACCACCAAUGUUAUCAAUAUCUUUAAGUUUAAAUAUGAACCACCUUACUCCAAAACAGAAGACUAGACAUGAGAAGAAAAAGAAAAAAAUGGCAGCUUUAGUUGAAAUUUCACGCUUAAAUGACAUUGAUAGCCAACCAAAAUUUGCAGUUGAAAUACAAAAACAAGAAUCAAUGAACUGUGAUACAUCUAGUGAUCAACCAUUAUGCAAGAAAAAGCGACCAAAUUUAUUGGAUUCAGAUGAAGGAUUAGCACAAACUACAUUUGACUUUCAACAUUUAACAAGUGAAUGUGAAUUGAAAGUUAUUGAUACAGAAUCUAAUAAAGUGGAGUGUAGCUACUCAGAGUUAAAAUCAGAAUACAGAAAUAUAAAACAGAGAUCUAAAUCAGCAAUCAGAUUUCGUUUAAAAGCCACAGGUGAAAAAGCAUCCUUAAUCACUCAAUAUGACAAAAGAGUUCCAUUAUUUAUGACAGAUAUUCAACAAUUAAUAUUAUUUUCUAUUAUGGGACGGCAUACUUAUCUGCCAUCACGAUGGUGUCAACUGGAGAAAUAUAGUGAUGUUUCACAUACAGUGGUACUGGCCAUAGAAGGUAUUUCUUUAUAUCAUUUUACAUCAUAUGAAUCUGUGCUGAAAGGACUUUCAGUGCUUUUUGAAAACAAAAUUGAAGUUAUAACCCCCAAUCAUAACAAUUUAAUAGAAGAUUUAGCUGCUUUGCCCCACAUAAACCUUCAUAAAGAUAAAUUGAUCAACGAUCACGGUAGUCUAGAAGAGACUUUUCAAAAUGUCAUUGAUAAUAUGACAAUGAUUAAAGCAAUUUUCCCUAUAAGGAUAUCUAACAUGAACACUGUUCAUAAUUCUAUACCAGCAACUGAUAAAUAUUCUAGAAAACUGUUACUUAUGUCUAUUUGGCAGAUGGUAGAGGAUAAUUAUCCUCUUCCUUUGAAAGGAGAACUUUGCAGAAAGUAUAAAAAUUAUGUCUUGACCAAAGAAUUGUAUUCUGAGAUAAGUUCAUCAUCCCCUAUGUUUGGAUUAGAUUGUGAAAUGUGUCGAACACAAAAUGAAUUAUCGGAGUUGACCAGAAUAACAAUUGUUAACGAAAAACAUGAAAUUAUUUAUGAUAAAUUAGUUAAGCCAUAUAGUAGAAUUACAGAUUACUUAACUAAAUAUUCUGGCAUAACAGAAGCAAUGUUGAGAAAUGUUACAACUAGACUUGAAGAUGUACAAAGAGAUCUAAGAAGAAUUUUACCUGAUGAUGCUAUACUCAUUGGCCAUUCUUUGAACUGUGAUUUAAAAGCAUUAAAAAUGAUGCAUCCUUAUUGCAUAGAUACUAGUGUUAUAUUUAAUAUAACUGGAGAUAGGUCAAGAAAAUCAAAGCUGCGAACUAUUACAAAGAAAUUUUUGGGUGAAGUUAUUCAGCAAGAUUCGAGUGGACAUAAUUCUGCUGAAGAUAGUUUAGCCUCUCUAAAACUAGCUCAACUCAAACUUGAUAAAUCUUUAGAUUUUGGAGACUCUGUUCUUUACGGUUUGAGAAGAUCUGAAACAAAUUAUGCUCGCAGUAAUUCUAAAAGUGGUAACAACAAGGAUCAUAUUUUGAAAGAUACCAUAGUUGUUAGUUCAAGAGAUACUGCAUUUGACUAUAAUCAGUAUUUGAAUAAGUUUAAGGUUCAAAAUGCAAGAUUUGAGAUCUGUAACACCAAUAAAGAUAUUGUAAAAGAAUUAUGCAAUAACUGCACCAAAUAUAAAUUUAGCCUUGCACAUUUGCAUAUACCUAAUGACGAUUUACAGUAUCCGGCAGCAGAAAAAACUUUAGGUGAAUUGGAUCAAUGGAUUAUUGAUGUGUGGACAAAUAUGGCUGCAAAUGGUCUAUGCGUUAUUAUUUUUAAUGGACAGUCUCAAGGAAGUGGCUUAUGUUUCCUAGGAAUAAAGAAAUGAAAUCCUAGAUAAUGUUCUCGCUUUAGUCUAUACAGACAAUUUGUUUGUAAUUAUAAACAAGAACAAAAUGAUAAGUUAGAAAAAUAAAAUUAAAUGGAA